CUUGAUCCGCAAACCGUAAUCUAAACAGACGCGAAUUUUGAUACUAUGCUGUAGGCGGACGCGAAUUUUUUAACUGCACCUGCAGGAUAUUGUCAAAAUAAAAUGGCAGCGAAGCGGGCUGAAAGUCCGGAAAAGCGAACGACUCCGGAGCCCUCUCAACGUGGUCUUAGCACAAAGUUGGCGCUCCGUCGUCUCCAUGAAGAGAUUGAGCGGAUGCUGCUGGAGCAUGAGCGGCGAUACAACGCGGAAAGCUCUUAUCGAAAGUUGCGUGCGGCAUUUGUCAAGCGCUAUGACAGCCCACUGGGAUGGCUUUCUAUUGGUGCAAGUCUGUUGGCCAGUGGAGCUCUUCUCAUCACGGGAAUGAUGUGGCCCGCACUGUGCUUGCUAGCAAUCUUAUCACUUGACCUAUUCGUGGUGGUACGGGAAAACAAUCUGCGGCGCACCGAGAUCUUCCGAAAGACGCGACAUGCUCUUGCCGAACUUCAAUUGGCGGAGCAGCACUUCAGCGCCGACUGGCAGCCGGCCAACUAUCCGCACCUCAGUAAUCCCAUGUCCCCAUGCGUCUCCCUGCAGUGGACAUAUCGCGAUGGAAAAAUUGUCAACCUGCCGUGGGCUUUGCUGGUGCGCGGAGACUAUAUUGUUUUGAGACCCGGACAUAUUUCACCCGGACCCUGUCACGAAUUAGAAACGAACAAGUUCUUUACGGCCAAUGAAAUCUAUGGAUCAGCUCCACAUGGAGAUCCUCCCGUAAAACCAGUGGCACGGCCGCCGUUGCCAGAUCUCGUAUGCUGUUUGGAAAGCACACCUUACCUGGAAAACCUAACCGUUUGCCUUAAAAACUCCCUGAAAAGACCGCCUACCAUCUACAAUCAGCAACGCUAUCUGCUGGUCACCAAGUACAUACAACAGUGGGGUUUUAUUAGUGCUCUGGCUAUCACGCUCAUCUCGGGGCUACUACGCCUCCAUGGCUACGGCCUGCCCACUGACGAGAAGCACAACUGGCGGUUCGUGCUCAUCGAAUCCCCGGCGGCAGCUAUAAUUCCGCUGUUACCACUGAUCUUUCCGCUCAUGUGGAUAUCAAUGAAUCUGUGGGGCAUAGCUCGGCUUCAGUGCUUCCUUAAAACGCCGCAGGUGGCCCUGGAAAAGAGUUCGAGCAAAUCGUUUGCCGAGGACCUGGACACGCCGUCUUAUGACUAUCAGAAUGUGACUAUGCUUCGUUCCAAUGUGCUUCGAAUCUGGAUGCAGCUGUGGCGUGGUGACAGUGAAUUGUUGCCGCGUUCAGCGAAUCUCGUUCAGGUACUGGGCUCCAUAUCGGCGCUCUGCUGCGUAGACAAGAAGGGCAUACUGUCCUGGCCUAAUCCCACCGCCGAGAAGGUAUUUUUCCUUCACAACACCGACGAGGAAUCGCGUGAGGACGGGGCAGGCAGUACGUCGUCUUCCCAGAGCGAGAGUGACGAUGUACCGGAUGUCGAUGAGGAUCACAAGGAGCGGGGUAUAGUGGCUGAAGUACUAGACCUCACGCACGACCAACACUGCCCUUUCCGUCUGGAGUUCGACGAUCAUGAGUGGAAGGCGCACAUUAAGUCCUUGAAGCCAUUGGGUCUCGCCAUUCUGCUGAACACCUGUUCUCCGCUCACCCACGAGCACUAUGCACAGUUCUGCGGCCAUGUAACCGCCGUGGCCAUGCUCGACAAAGAUCUGGUGCCUGUGACUAAUCGGUAUGCGUAUGCACUCAUUGAGUCGAGUAAAAGCUUUUUGCAUGGACGCUGCCUCUGCGAGCUGGCCAAGCAGAUUGGAUUCACCGACCAUGCCACAGAUCGAUUUGCGCUGGAGGGGCAACUGGCCAGUUACCGUCAUUUGCAACCAGAUGUGGUGCGCAGGGAUAUUCGGUUCGCCAGACAGUUGCAGCUGUCCUCCAAAGUGAAGGUGCCGUUUCCGCACUCCUUGUCUGUGGUUAUGCGGGAGAAUCCGGGCGGUUAUUUGUCCCUGUUUACCCAGGGUACGGCGGAUAUUAUUCUGGACUGCUGUGACGAUUUUUGGGACGGUAUUGAUUUACGUCCACUGUCCGCCCAAGAUCGCAAACGGGCACUAGACUUUUACCAGCGCAGUGCGUUGACCUCUUACUGCACGGCAUUCGCCUAUCGCCCCUUGAGGCAUGGUAUUCAUGGAGCAUUGAGUGGACCCCAGCGGAAUGGAGGUGAAUGUCUGUAUCUGGAGCUGCCGCCGGAGUCGAAGCUACGCAUGCAGCAUGUGGACAAGACCCACUGCGAUUUCCAGGGUGGACACCACGUUAAACUGAGCCACAGCAUUAGCACAGAUUCAUUGUUGUUCUCCGAAAGCAAGGAUGAGGAGUGCAAUGAUGUCGAGGGAUGCUUUGAGAUGCAGUGCCACCAGGUGUUCAUAGGCAUGGUGACAAUGCAGUACCAAGCACAAAACGAUAUUGUGAGGCUUGUUGAGCAUUUGGAACGAGCCUGCAUUCGCUUUGUGCACUUUAGCAAAGAGAACGAACUGCGGUCUCGUGUCUUCUCUGAGAAAAUGGGUCUCGAAUCAGGCUGGAACUGCCACAUCUCGCUGUUAAGCGAACCAGAUCCGGAAAUCGAUAAGGACCGAGUUACUAACAAGACCAAGGAGAUGCAGGAAAAUAUUGGUAAACCCCAUGCCACCACUUCAACCACUGCCACCACCACCACAACAGACCAUGAGAACAAUCAUCAUCCCAGUGCCAAAGUCAUGUACAUAUCGUCCCAUGCACCCGCACCUGCCACUGCAUCCGUAUCAGAAUCCAUUUCUGCAGCUAAAGAAACUGAAAUUGUAGGUGACGGUCCAGAAAUAAGUUAUCUAUUGGGACCGCCAAAUAAUCUGGAGUCCUCGAAAACACUCAGCUCCUCAGCUCCUGGUGCCAUUUCUAAUCCGGAUGAGUGCAAACCUUUAAAUGCAGCGCUAAAUGGUGAAGAUCCCCCUUCCGCUGAGGGCGAUAGCAGCAAGGAGAGCUCGCAGAAUAGCACCCAAAGGCAUCAUCUACCCGGAGAUACCGAACUGGAGGCAGAACCCGAUCCUAGCAAACACAAGCAGCGCCAUUCUCUGGACUCUGCCAUGGACGAAAACUGCCGCUCAUUAAGCACGCUCACCGAAAGCACGGAUCAGAGUGCACCAAUAAACUUCGAUAUGUCCAACAGGGCAAAACUACCAAGAGGCAUUGAAAACAUACGACCUCAUUUGGAGCAGGUUGAUAAUGUCCCUCUGCAAGUCUCUCUUUUUACAGACUGUUCGGCGGAGGCUACACGCCAGAUGCUGGACAUCAUGCAGUCCUACGGCGAAAUUGUUGUAUGUUUGGGAAGCUCGGCCAGCAAUGCCAAUGCAGACAUUUUCCUACAGGCUGAUUGCAGUAUAGCCGUUGAACCACUGUAUCCGCAGGUGUGCCAGGAUGUGGACGCCUACACGGAAGCUAACAUACAGCACAACAAACUAUUGUGGCAACGACAGUCCGGAAAGACCAAGGCCAAUGAUGACGAGGAGCUGUUAGAGGGCGGCCUCCAGGGAUGCGCCAUGCAAACACCUGCCCACACUGUCUCCCCACUAUAUUUAAGCCGGCUGCUCAAUUCCCUACCCUGUUCCAUUGCCGUUUGCCGCGACGACCCGCUUUCUCUAGUGGCCAUAAUUGAGCUAUCACGUCGCUUCUCUCUUGGUCUGUGGAACUGCAUUCAGUAUUGGGCCUGCUGUGCUGGCUCCAUCUCUAUUCUGAAUGUACUCUGCGCGUGCCUUUCGCUGCCACCGCUUAUUACCCCUCUGCUGUGUAUUUAUCUAAUGUGCGUACCGGUGCCGCUAAUAGCCAUUUCGCUUGCCCAUAUCGACGUGGAUCCUAAGAUCAUGAAUCGGGCAACAAGCAAAAAGCAAACAGACUACGAUUCGCGGGCUUUUGCAUUUGUUAUGUGGUGCUACGGCUGCAAAUUUAUUGUUCUAGUCUUAUCUUUGCUCGUUUCCUAUUGGAUGUUCUUAUCUGAGCCCCCAUUAAACGCAGUUACGGAACCUAAUGAGGGAUCCGUUGAAGGCAUCGAGGAUGAGGAUGAUAAGACCUUCUAUCAAUAUCUUUACUUUGCUAGAAGUUGUGCCCUACUAGGCAUAAUCCUACAUUUUGUUUUCAUUUCUUUCACUUUUGUGCAUCGGGAUCAUGCGCUCUGGCAGCGCAAUCCAUUUACCAAUCGUAUUUGGGCUAUAACCUGCUUCUUGUUGGUCCUUUUUCAUGCCGUUAUCUGCAUUGUGCAACUGCUUAUAGACGAUUUCUGGGAAAAGCUACCCAACCUGUGGGUGGCCAUGUUAGUCUUAUUUGGAGGCAGCUUGCUGAGUAUGAUUGUCAGUGAGAUGGCAAAGUUCCAGGAGAACAAGGUUAACGCGCGAUAUCAGCGUCGGGCGCGCCUUGACUUUGGCACCAAAUUAGGCAUGAAUUCGCCAUUCUAAAAAACACGUCUGAGACUUACCAAACGAAAAGACGCCAAUGUUACACAUGUACUUAGUGCCAAGGCUGUAUAUAACACCACAACUUAACAUGCUUCUUUUAAUUACUUUUACGGUUCAAACUAACCAUUAGCUAUUUUGUUUAUGCCGACAUUUGUUUGUCUUGUUUUUAGAUUCGUCCUCGUUAUUUCACCCACUUGUACUUCCAUGUGUUUAUUACAGUUUAUGACACCCCCAUCGAGUAACGAAACACAUUUGUUAUUCUUGUUUCUAAAACGGUCGGCUUCCAGUUCCUUGUUUCAAUAAGAGAUCAUUUUUUGUACUAACAUUCAAAAGACUUGCAAUUAUUGUAUAAAUAUAUGUAUGGUAAAAACUA